CUCCACCACACCACACCACACCACCCCCACCACCACCACCCACCACCCCCCACCAUGGCAAACUCAAAGUCUUCUCAACCCAACUCGGGCGGGCUGUUCAAGGGCGACAAGGCACUCAAGCUGAGGUUCAUGGUCCUUGUUGUUGGCCUCGUUGUCUACGCUGUCGAUGUCUUCAUCCUUAGCUUCAUGGUGGUCUCGUUUGAACAUGCCCGUGGCUUUGCUUGCUGCACUCUCUGCUCUGAUCGGGAUUGGGCAAACUCAAAGGUCCGCCCCACAGACAUUGUCCGAGCCAAUGAUACUAUCUGCUCUCUCGCUCCCUCGGCAAAGGGCUACUCGCAGCUAUCAAGCAAGUGUGCCCCCAUCUUGCCGCCGCUGGCUUGUGGGUCCCAGAUCUGUACUGAGAAUCGUUUGAACGAGGCGUACAAGGCUGCAAAGAGCGAAGGCGUUGGCCUCGUCGGCCUCAGACUCGCCUGCCUCAUCAUCGCCGCCGCAGUCUCGGUCAUCACCACCUUUCGCAUGCCCAAGCGCAAGCGGAAUCGUUACAUUCUCCGCGGCGCCAUCCUCACCCUGCUCAUUGUCUCUAUUGCGCUCGCUGUUGCCAUCUUUAUUAUCAAGGCCGGAUACAUCGGCAUCAAGUGCAAGGACGCGUACUCGGGCUCGACCCACUCGGCAUGCAACGAGGACCUCGCCGAUUGCCCCGGUCUCAAGAUCGUGGCGGUCUUUACCAACCCGGACGUCUUCACCCUCCCUGCUGUCCUCUCCAUCGUCACUGCCGUUGUCUCUGCCACCAUCUUUUCCUUCAAGGUCAUCUUCCGCAAGCGGCUCCGCCACCGGUCCGAGCCGCUGGCCGACGACACCCUCGACCUCGACGCCAAUACCGGCAACGAGAUCAGCAUCGACGACGUCAGCGUUUCUCUGACUCAGCCUGUGGUCGCCGCCGCCCCUGCUGCGGUAGCCACUGCCACCGUUGCUGCCCACUCUGGCCCGGACCACGACACUCGCAACCGUGCUCCGUCGAUGGGCGUACGCAGUGCUCCAAGCGGCGUCUGCGUCAUCCGCGCCACACUUCCUCCCGGCUGGGAAAUGUCUGUUGCGCCCGACACCAACGCCUACUUUUACUCCGACCACAACACCGGCACCACCUCCUGGGAGCCGCCGCACGGUGCCCGCACCCUUCCGCCGGGCGUCCAGGAGGAGUUUGCUCCUGAUGGGCGCCCCUACUACGUCAACCACAACACCCAAGUCACCACCUGGGUGCCGCCUAUGUAGUCAGUGCGCCAAGUUGACCAAUCGAUCAUCGCAUUUGAUUUGUGAUGGAAUCCCUGUCGCCAUCGACUCGACGUGGUCGCCCCCUCGACAGGAUCUUGCUUCUCCGCCGAGGCAUGUCCGCCACCGUCAUCGUGUCGACAAUCUCGUCACACACACACACACACACGCAUACUUUUUUAGAGUACCAACUACACAAAGACAACUGGUACGGUGCCUA